AUGACUGAGUUGAUUCAUAAUAUGAUUGAGUUCUUUCCUUUCAUCUAUAUGGAUACAAAAUUUCCUGGUGUCAUCUUUCAGUCGGAUCUAGCACUCCGACAACCACAAAAUAACUACGCAGUGAUGAAAGCCAACGUGGACUGUAUGCACCUCAUCCAAGUCGGGUUGACCCUUUCGGACUGCCACGACAACCUUCCAACCUUUGGAACUUCCAACCAUUUCAUUUGGGAAUUCAACUUUUGUGAGUUUGAUAUCACGCGCCAUCCUCAUGCUCCUUCUUCAAUCGCCCUCCUACAGCGUCAAGGCAUGGAUUUUCAUAAAAAUCGAAACUUUGGAGUUAGCAUUGUGCGAUUCACUGAGCUCAUGAUGCUCUCAGGACUCCUCUGCAAUAGUCAUAUUCACUGGAUUAAUUUUCAUGGUGCUUAUGAUUUUGCCUACAUGAUUAAAGUAUUGGGCCAUCGUUUUCUGCACAUGCAACCACUUCUACCUCCUAACUUGGGUGACUUUCUGCAACUCGUUAAAUUAUUCUUUGGACAAGAAGUAUACGAUAUUAAAUAUCUCGUUAGGUUUUGUCCCAACCUUUAUGGCAGUUUAGACAUAGUUAGUGAGUUGCUAGGUUUGGAUAAUAGUGUUAGAAAAAGCCAUCAUGCAGGGUCUGAUAGUGUGGUCACUUUACAUGUUUUUAAUGAGAUUAAUAGAUUAUAUUUUCAUACUCAAAAUGACUUGGAAAAACAUGGAGGAAUUGUAUACGGUAUAGAGAUGUCAUAA